GGGGACCGAUUUGCGGUGACACGGUUGGCAGCGGCAGGACGGCCACGGCGCGACCUCUCCCCUUCUCCAGGGACUUGACGCUGGGCCAAGCGGCGAUGGAAAUGUCAUUGUCACGGCACGGGGGCCCGGAGGAGUAACGGCCUGCGCCACAGGGACGGGACCGGGACGCUGCCGCACCGAGCUCUGCUCCGCAGCCCGAGAGGCGCCCGGCCCCGAAAAGCCAGCGCAGCCCCGGGCGGAGGGGGCAGCAAGGGGACUGUGGGCUUCGUCCACGCUCCCACGGGCUACAAGGGCCACGGGACAAUACCGGGGGGCCGGGAGCCGUCCCACCGCCCGCUUGAGGUGCAGGACAUUGGCCUUUUGACCGGACUCUGGCUCCUGCCCGAGCCCGAUGAGGAGCCGGGGCUGCGCGUGAACCUAUGCAGACCAGGAAGAAAUACAUUUUCCUGACUUUCCUCGCCUCUUGGCUCCUGCUUUUCUUCUUUGGAGGAGACCAGCUGCGCCGUUUCGCUUUCUUUUCCCGGAGAAAAGUUGAAGCUCGCAGGAACUGGCCCCACUGGACGGAUCGGUCCCUCCUCAAAAGCUUUGCAGACCCCGAGGAGCUCCUGAGCGAUGGGGACCCCUCACUGCCAUCGCCCCGGGAGCGGCAGGCGGCACGGCUGAGCGUCUACAAGAACAGCAGAUGCCGGAUGGAAACCUGCUUUGACUUUUCCAGGUGUGAAAAACACGGCUUCAAAGUCUUCACCUACCCCCGGGAGAGGGACCAGCCCCUCUCAGAGAGUUACAGCAAAAUCCUCGCCUCCAUCGAGCGCUCUCGCUACUACACCCCGAGCCCCGAGGAAGCCUGUCUCUUCAUCCUUAGCAUCGACACGCUGGACCGCGACCAUCUCUCGGGUCAAUACGUCCGUAAUGUCGAUGAGAAAAUCCGCAGCUUCCCGCUGUGGAAUGGCGGCCGUAACCACCUCAUCUUCAACCUCUACUCGGGCACUUGGCCCAAUUACACCGAGGACCUGGGCUUCGACAUCGGCCAGGCCAUCCUGGCCAAAGCCAGCUUCUACACCGAGAGCUUCAGGCCUGGCUUUGACAUCUCCAUCCCUCUCUUCUCCAAGGACCACCCCCAGCGCGGCGGGGAGAAGGGUUGGUUGUAUCAGGACUCGAUCCCCCCGAAAAAGAAAUAUUUGUUGGUGUUCAAGGGGAAGCGGUACCUGACCGGCAUCGGCUCCGGCACCAGGAACGCGCUGCACCACAUCCACAACGGGAAGGACAUCAUCUCGCUCACCACCUGCAAGCACGGCAAGGACUGGGAGAAGCACAAGGACACACGCUGCGACAAGGAUAACGUCGACUACGAAAAGUCCUCCCGCCUGCAGAUCGUGGUGCUGUGGAGCUGCGAGAAACCGCCACCCCCGCGUGGGAAAUGGCCCCAGACCACCGCGCCUGUGACCAUCGUCCAGGGCAGGGGGAAGCUCAGCGACCGCUUCUUCCCCUAUGCGGCCAUCCAGACGGACGCCGUGCUGAGCCUGGACGAGCACACCAGCCUCUCGACCAGCGAGGUGGACUUUGCCUUUGUGGUGUGGCGCAGCUUCCCCGAGCGCAUCGUGGGCUUCCCCACGCGGAGCCACUUCUGGGACCCCGAGCAGAGGCGCUGGGGCUACACGUCCAAGUGGACCAACGAGCUCUCCAUCGUCCUCACCGCCGCCGCUUUCUACCACAGGUAUUAUCACACCCUUUUCACGGAAUACCUGCCGGCGGGGCUGCGGGAGCUGGUGGACGGCCUGGCCGCCUGCGAGGACAUCCUGAUGAACGUCCUCGUGGCCGCUGUCACCAAGCUGCCGCCCAUCAAGGUCACCCAGCGGAAGCAGCACAAGGACAUGGUGUCCCAGCAGGUGAAGGGCACGGCGGGGGCAGCCGGCGGCCGGCGUUUCUCCCAGCGGCAGGAUUGCCUCAACCAGUUGGCGGACUGGUUCGGCUACAUGCCCCUUGUGUCCUCCCAGCUGCGCCUCGACCCCGUCCUCUUCAAGGACCAGGUCUCCGUCCUGCGCAAGAAAUACCCACGUUUGGAGAAACCCUGAGGGCUGCUGGGGAUCGGGGUCAGGGCCGGCCCCGGGUGCCCUGUUCAUGGUGCACGGAGCCCUCCCGGAGCGGGUGGUCACUGCUGACGGGGUUUUACUCGUUAUUGGGUUUUACCAGUACAAUAAAGGCGGGUGG